GGAAACAAAAUUAUCAGUAACGACUUGACUUGCUAUCAAGCAUAUAUAGGGGAAGUCACGCUGUGCAUAACAUACUCAUGUUCUGAAGCUGUGAGAAAAGAGCUUUAGUUUCCCUUUCACGUUCAUUAAAGACGCUCAAGUUCAGAAGAAUGCAGAGAGACGCUAACUUUGCUAACAUCCCGGAAAUCCCUUUCAUGGACUUCAUUUUUAAAGAUUAUGACGAAAAAAUUAAGGAUUACAAAGAGCGCCCAUGGAUUGUGGAUAUUCCGUCUGGAAAAACUUUGAAAUUUGGUCAGGUCAAAAAAGACGCGAUUAAAAUUGCCAGCGGCCUUGCUAGAAGAGGCUUCAAGCAAGGCGACACCCUGUACUUUUUGACGUACGAAAUGGCCGAACUGUAUUUGGUAAAAAUCGGUGUUUGGUUGUUGGGCGGCGCGGUGCGAGGGUGCUAUCAAAAUGAAGCCCCAGACGUCUGUGCCAAGCAAAUUAAAGAAAGCUCUGCAAAAUUUGUCAUGGCUGAUUCGGAUACUAUCCAAGUAAUUCGCGCUGCUUUGGAGUUGGUUAACUAUGAAGUGUGUCUCUUGAGCUUAGGAGACGAAAAAAUUAAAGGCUCUACCCACUUAUCUACUUUGCUUAAUGAUGACGGCUCAGCAUAUAAGCCACCAAAUAAUAUUAAUGUAAAAGAGGAUAUGGUGGCGGUUAUGAAUACCAGUGGGUCCACAGGAUCCCCAAAGGGUGUGGUGCACACACACUAUUCUUGUAUUGGGGGCAUAACCUACCUUCAGUUUCUUAAGACGGAGGAUACUGUGCUUGAGUUCAUGAUUAAUUAUGGAAUCGGGGCUUUUAGUACUAUGAUGUUUAAUCUUUGGACUGGAAGAACGGUUUACCACAUUAACAAAUUCGACCGAUCCCAAUACUUCCAACACAUUUUGACCUACAAGCCGAAAAGCCUUGUGCUGUACCCAUUUGUGGCCAAUUGGUUUGCUCGAUGUGAUGAUGAGCUUGCAACCCUAAAGUCAAAAGGUUUCAUAAAUUUGAUCACGAUUGGAGGCUGGGUGCUUGAUGUAGCAACAGCGGACAGUCUGACGGAGAAAUUGCCAAAUACAAAUCUCCAGCAGGAUUAUGCAAUGACAGAAAUUCUAUUUGCAAGUGUCACUGAUUCUUUCGAAAAUCCAAAAAAUAAACUCGAGCGCUGCAAAAGCGAAGGGCACGAAUUUACUUCCUCGGGACGUAUGCUACCAAAAUACGAAGCAAAAAUUUUGGACCUGUCAACCGGCAAAGAGCUUGGGCCACAUGGGGUGGGUGAAUUGUACGUCCGUGCUUCACACAUCACAAGAGGAUAUUUGAAACCUGGCAAUCAGAUCGACUCUUCAUCAAUUGACAAAGACGGGUGGUUUCAAACAGGAGAUUUGGCCUUUUUUGAUGAAAAAGGAAACGUUUAUGUGAAGGACAGAGUUAAAUUCACAUACCGCUAUAAGUAUGAUAUUGUCUCGCCAUUUGAAGUCGAAGCUGUUUUGCAACAGCACCCUGAUGUUCAGGAGGCAGGUGUUGUGGGAAUUUCCCAUCCUGAUACCAACAGCGCUACUCGAGCUCUGGUAGUUCUCAAACCUGGACGCGAGUGCAGUGCCAAGGAUCUAUGCAAAUUCGUGGCCGACAGGUGUCCUGAGUCCAAGCAACUGCACGCUGGAGUGCAAUUUGUAAAAAGCCUGCCGGUAAACAAGGGUGGAAAAUUAGAUAGGCAGGCCCUUAAAAGUUUAGCACUUUUGUAUGGGUAGUUGAGCAUUAUAGAGAGCAAUUAUGAAUUAUGUUGUGCUAAUUUUCUUUUUUUGCUGUAAUAGGAGUAUGCAAUAUUUAAUUAAUAAAUAUAAUGAAAAAAAAUCCCUUGUUAUUCCAUUUUUUAAUAUCACAUAAUUAUUUUGUUGAAUGCAAGCAUGUUUGAUUUAUAAGUUUAAGAUGGAUUUCUUUAAUUAAAAUUGCAUUAAAUUUAUUUAUUUAUUUGAUUCUGUAAGACCAAAUGACGUGUCGUUUUGGCCUUACAGAAUCAGAGCCCAACAGUAGUUGCUGCACCUAACGACAUUCAGUCCAUAAAGUUAUAUAUUUGUCAGCAGGUCAAAGUUAAAUUUACAUACAUCGAAAUAAGUAUGAUAUUGUUAGCCUUAUAUUUUAAUAGUUGGUGAAUAUAUUCUAAUAUUUUAAGAAAUUCUUCACCAAAAGCUCAGGCCGACUGUAAUUGAGAUGUUCAGCUAAAUCACCCUGAUGUGCAAGAAGAGACAGGUGUUGAGGGAAUAUCCCACCCUGAUACCCGCAGCGCUUCUCGAGCUCUGGUUGUUAUGAAAUCCAGACGGGAUUGCAGUGCAAAAGACCAAUGCAAAUAGAGAAGCUUUCCGAGCACAAGCAACUGCACGCUGGAGUUUAAUUUGUCAAAAUUCUGCCAGUGAACAAGGUUCAAAAAUUAGAUAGGCAGGCCCUUAAAAGUUUAGCUCUUUCUAUAUAUAGUUUUGAGGAGGAUAAUAUGUAAAUAAACUGUAAUUUUAAUUGACCUCGAUCGUAUAGAUGUAUAUAGUGUGCGU